AGACGCGGAAGUAAAGCCAAAUAUAAAGGCACGAGCUUAAAGUUACUGGCUGCAGCAUGUACAAGAGGCUUUUGCGAUAGAUGCACGUAUUGUAGACAGCCAUUUGUAAUUCCAUACAUUUGAUCUCACAAAUUAGUUGUGAAAGCCGUGUGCAAAUAUCAUGUCGUCAACUGGAGAGACUUUACUACGGGCGGUGGAGACUCCGCUCUUCUGGAUAGGCGCGUUGACUGCGGCCUAUUUCUCAGUGUGCUCCGUAUGUCGUUUGCUGUCAGGGCUCAGAGUUUGGGUGCUGGGGAAUGGACGGGUGGUAUCACCUGCUAAACUCGGAAAAUGGGCAGUUGUGACAGGAGCCACGGAUGGAAUCGGGAAAGCCUAUGCGGAGGAGCUGGCUCGGAGGGGAUUUUCCAUUGUGCUAAUCAGCCGCACCCAGGAGAAACUGGAUGAUGUGGCCAAGUCCAUCGAGAGCAAAUAUGGAGUUGAGACCAAAUCCAUCGCUGUAGACUUCAGUGCGACGGACAUAUAUCCCAAGAUUGAAGCUGGACUGACCGGGCUAGAGGUUGGCGUUCUGGUAAAUAAUGUGGGAAUGUCCUACUCCUAUCCGGAAUUCUUCCUCAACGUUCCCAACCUGGAUAGUUUCAUCGACACAAUGGUGAACAUCAACAUCACGUCUGUUUGCCAGAUGACCCGUAUGGUGCUACCUGGGAUGGUAGAGAGGAAAAAGGGGGCAAUCCUCAACAUCUCUUCUGCCAGUGGGAUGUACCCUUGUCCCCUCCUCACGGUCUACUCUGCAUCGAAGGCUUUUGUGGACUUCUUCUCCCGAGGGCUAGAGGCUGAGUACAAGAGCAAAGGGAUCCUCAUCCAGAGUGUCCUGCCAUUCUUUGUGGCCACCAAGCUGAGUAAGAUCCGGCGGGCCACACUGGACAAGCCCAACCCUGACCGCUAUGUGGCCGCGGAGCUCAACACGGUGGGGCUGCAGAGCCAGACCAACGGCUACCUGCCUCACGCAGUCAUGGGCUGGCUGACCACCGUGCUGUGUCCUGCCAGGCUCCUGAACAGCUACAUCAUGUCGCUACACCUGGGGAUGCGCUCACGCUACCUGAAGAAACAGAAACAGGGCUAGAGGUACGAUCAGGGGAAAGGAGGGACAGGUGUGGAGAGAAAGGGGACCAACACAAAUCCACCUGCUCCGUUCUUCCAUACCCCUCACAGACUAGGUUCAGGGCUGGCAGACUGCUAGUGUGUUGAAUUUAGUCUACGGUGUUGUCUGGCUUGGCUAAUCAGCUCUAUGGAGGAACUUCCUGGAGUUGAAACAUUGACCAGGCACUUAAACAUAAUGCACUAAGUUCAAUUAAACUGUUAAAAUGUUCUUGUGGACAGGUAUUAGGAGCUGCGCUUGUGAGCGACCACUUCAAAAAACAAUACUAGUUGCAACUUUAUUCCUUCCAAAUGUUUUAUUGUUGGAGUCGUGUUGAACUCAGAAUAAAAACAAAUAUUGAAAAAUGGAUUUGAGUCAAUCCGAAACGCUCAUUUGGCAAAGGGCAGGAAAAUGGCUGUUCUCCCUGGAUGGCUUUACAAUGAAAAGGUUGUUGUGUACAAAUCAUGUAUUCAUGAACCUACAAAAGGGAGACUAAGGAGACCGAGUUAACAGAACUGUUCCUGUUUGCAUACUGGAUGGAUUGAUGUCCCGUUUUGAAGAAGGUUGUGUCUGCUAGCAUGUCAGUAUGAUAGGUAGUUAAAACACUAGGGAAUGGGUUGAGUUAACCCGGGCUUGUUUGACCUGAUACAGAAGGGACACAACUUACAAGCCAUUCUCUGGUCAUCAAGGCAGUGUCUCAACAACAACAAGUAGAUGCAAGCUGUUAAACGGUUCAGGCCAUUUUACUGUUGAACCAAAUGUCUUGUCCAACUGUUUUGUUCUGGUUACUUUCUAUCAUGCAGUCAGUGGUCCGUUAACAGAUGUUUCUUAACAUGCUUCACACGCUGUCUGUGUUUUGAACUCUAAGCAUUUUGUUGUACAGCAUAAUGCCACUGUUAUCUUACUCUGAGCUCACCAAGGUGACACAUUAAUAUUGUCUUCUGUUAUUUGGUUGUGUUAAUGAAAGCUUUGCAUUUGAUUGUUUUAGAUGCAUUUAAGUAACAAGGUUUUUUAACAUUGUGAGAAUUGUAAGGUUUGAUCGAGAGCUUGUGUAUAUUCCCAGUCUGUCACGCUCGCCUCAAUAAAACACUGUUCAACCAUCUCUCUGGCAUGUUCCUGGUCUGUCAUGCUCGCCUCAAUAAAACACUGUUCAACCAUC